AUGUUGGAAGUUCAAAGCUCAGAAAUAGCAAUAGAAAGUGUAUCUUCACUUCUGGACGAGGGCUCUAAGAGUUUCUCUGUGCUAUUUGAUACGUUCCUAGAUUUCAAGACUUCAAUGUGCCAUUUCUCUUUACAACAAAAGAAUAUUAUCAGUAACCACGAGAAGUUAAACUCGUACCUGAUGGAAAAAGUUUCUGAACUUGAGAAUGAAAAGUGCCUUCUGCACAAUCAAACAGUUGAUCUUCAGAACCAGAUAGAGGAACUGAAACUAGAUGCUCAAAAUUCCGAAAAGUCCUUGAGGGAACUUCUGGAACAACAGGAUUUGGAAAAGGGAGAAUAUCUUUCUUAUAUGCAAGUUCUUGAAAAGGAAAUAUCAGGUUUAUCAUCUUGUUCUUUGGCUAAGGAAAAGGAAAGUUUGAGAAAAGAUGUUGAGAAAACAAGAAUGAAGUUGAAAGAGACUGAGUUUAAGCUUAAGAAUGCCAUACAAGAGAAGACCAAACUGGAGGGUGAAAAAGCUUCUGCCGAACGAGAAAUAAAACGAUUGCACGGUCAGAACUCUCUUCUUGAACGUGACAUGAACAAGCGUGACUCACUUGCUGGUAGAAGGCGUGAUUCAGUUAUGUCUGAUUCUAAAAGAACAAAAAACCUUGCUUUUGAACAGACAUUGCAGGAAGAAUACAAAAAGAUGGAAGUUUAUGUUUUUGAAAUGGAAACAAAGAUGACUUCUCUAGAAGAAGAGUUAGCAGCUGUAUACAGGGAAAAAGAAGAUGCUGUGUCGAUUAGCGAAGGUUUAGCAUCUGAACUAGAAAACCUGUCUGAAAAAUUGAGUACAUCAAACUUGGAACUUGAAGCAUUGCAGGAAGAGCUUUUGGCCCUGAAACAGAGGCUGGAAGAAUCUGAAUUUGAGCAGCAAAAGAUGGAAGGCUCCAUUAAAAUGUUCACUGAAGAAAAGGAAGACUUGGCGAUGCAACUUACAGAUUCCCUUUUGGAGAUGGAGGAGGAAAGAGCAAUAUGGUCAGCUAAGGAGAAGGCUUCCAUUGAAGCCAUAGAAGAGAAAUCAAAGGUAUACAACAUAGAGAUUACAUCAUUAUCACGGGAAAUGUCAGAGGUGAGAAAUGAAUUGGAGUCUUGUAGAAAAGAAUGCAAGGUCCUUAGGGAAAGAUUAACUUCUUGUGAGGAAAUGGCGGGACAGAAGACGUGCAGCAUGGAGAAGUCUUUUGAGAUUGAUCAAGUGAAUAAUGACAAAAAUAUAACUGGCGCUCUGAGCAAACGGUCUGAAGAAAUGUUGAGCUCAAAUUCAGAGAUGUGCGGAAUUCAUCAAUGCGAGGAAGUGAAUAUGCUUCGGAAGGAGCUCAGCUUUCUGAGUAAAGAAAGAGAAGGUUUGUUGACUCGAAUAAGAGAGUUGUCAGAACUUUCAAAUGACUACCAGAGUCUGAACAACCAGCUCUGUGUUAUGUCAAAGGAAAAGGAUAAAUUAGUGACUCAGAUCGAAGAGCAGCAGAAACAUGCAAUUGAAGAAGAAAGUCUCAAUAAACGUUACAAUGACUUGUUAAUGGAGGCAAAGUUUCAAGUGGAGGAACUGACAAGGAGAAUUUCAAGCAUGGAGCUUAAGAUUCACAAAGAUCAAGUUGAAAACGGCAUAGAGAAGGCAAAGCUUCGAAUGAGGCUUCGAGGGGCACAAGCAAGGUUAGAUGCCUUUCGAAGUAGAUACAAAGAAACACGGGACGAAUCCGAUCACAUGAACAGGAAGUUUGAGGAGGCUUCAAAAAACCUAAAGGAGCAGUUAGCGACAAAAGGAGUCGAGGUCCUCAGCCUCAAGAAGGAGCUUGCUGCAAAGGGGUUAUGA